GGAUCCGGUCGGGCUCCGGAAGAACCUAGGCACUCUGGGGGACCGUUCUCGGUGACGGCCGGGGUGGGCCAGGGGUCGAGGUGUUGUGUGGGUCCGGGACGGGGGUUGGGAGCUGCCCCUGCUAACCCACCCUCGUCUGAGAGGCCGCGAGGUUUCGCCUUGAGAUCCCGUGAAGGCGAGAAAUCUCGCGAUUUCUCGGGAGAGGAAUCGGUUAGGCGAAGGGGAUUCCUCGUUCAGCUGUGCGCUCUGUUUUCGUGCGCUUCCUCGUCCUUCAUGCUGGAUGGCCAGGUUUUCCUUUGUGCGUCAUCCUCUACCUGAGAAAUGGUCGCUUGCCCCUAGUCUAGACACGCAUUAAAGGGCAGUAUUUAAAGUCAGUUUGCAAGCAGUGGAAUAAGAUUUUUGUGAAGAAACCUUGUGCAGCAUGGAUUCUCUACCAGACGAAUUUUUUGUGAGGCAUCCUGCUGUGGAGGAUCAGAGGAAGGAAGAAACUGAGAAUAAGCAAGAAAAAUCAUCUGGUCAACUGGACAAACAAGAAAAGGACAUAGCUACUGAUCUUGUUCCUGUUAACCUACUAUUAGAAGUGAAGAAGUUAUUAAAUGCAGUUAAUACUCUACCAAAAGGUGUGGUUCCUCAAAUUAAGAAGUUCUUACAAGAAGAUUUUUCCUUCCAAACUAUGCAGAGAGAAGUUGCAGCUAACAGCCAGAAUGGUGAGGAAAUUGUUCCUGCUUUGACUUUACGUUUCUUGAUUAUGCAACUAGAAGCAGCACUUAGGAAAAUUCAAGCUGCCAAUUAUACUGCACACCAGAUUAAUAUUGGUUAUUAUUUGACAUUACUGUUUUUGUAUGGAGUAGCACUCACUGAAAGAGGAAAGAAAGAGGAUUAUACAGAAGCUGAGAAUAAAUUUCUGGUGAUGAAGAUGUUGAUCCAAGAAAAUGAAAUUUGUGAAAACUUUAUGUGUUUGGUUUAUUUUGGACGUGGUUUACUACGAUGUGCUCAAAAGAGAUAUAAUGGAGGACUGCUAGAAUUUCAUAAAAGCUUACAAGAAAUUGGAGAUACAAAUGACCAUUGGUUUGACAUAGAUCCUACAGAAGAUGAAGAUUUACCUACAACUUUUAAAGAUCAUCUUAAUAAUUUUAUCAAGACAACUGAAAGUAAUAUAAUGAAGCAGACGAUUUGUAGUUACCUAGAUUGUGAACGAUCUUGUGAAGCUGACAUUUUGAAGAACACCAGUUACAAGGGAUUUUUUCAGUUAAUGUGCAGUAAAAGUUGCUGUGUUUAUUUCCAUAAAAUUUGCUGGAAAAAGUUCAAGAAUUUAAAGUAUCCAGGUGAAAAUGAUCAGAGUUUUAGUGGGAAAAAAUGCUUGAAGGAAGGAUGUACAGGUGACAUGGUAAGGAUGCUGCAGUGUGAUGUACCUGGAAUUGUUAAAAUUUUGUUUGAAGUUGUAAGAAAGGAUGAAUAUAUAACCAUUGAAAAUUUAGGAGCAAGUUAUAAAAAGUUGAUAUCUCUGAAAAUAACUGAUACUGAUAUAAGACCGAAGAUCAGUUUAAAAUUUAAUACAAAAGAUGAAAUGCCUAUCUUCAAGCUUGAUUAUAAUUAUUUCUAUCAUCUGCUUCAUAUAAUUAUUAUUUCUGGUACUGACAUUGUUCGGCAAAUAUUUAAUGAGGCUAUGCCACCCCCUCUUUUGAAAAAAGAGCUUCUUAUACACAAGAAUGUGCUGGAAUCCUACUAUAACCAUCUUUGGACCAAUCAUCCUUUGGGUGGAUCAUGGCAUCUGCUUUAUCCUCCAAACAAGGAGUUACCACAAUCCAAACAGUUUGACUUAUGCCUCCUGUUAGCUCUUAUAAAACAUUUGAAUGUGUUCCCUGCACCCAAAAAAGGAUGGAAUAUGGAACCGCCAUCUUCUGACAUCUCUAAAUCUGCAGACAUCCUGCGACUGUGCAAAUACAGAGAUAUCCUCCUUAGUGAGAUUUUGAUGAAUGGUCUCACUGAGUCACAGUUCAGUUUAAUUUGGAAAAAAGUUUCAGAUAUUCUUCUGCGCCUUGGGAUGAAGCAAGAGGAUAUUGACAAAGUGAAGGAGAAUCCCAUUGAGAAUAUCUCCCUUGAUUACCAUCAGCUAUCCAUCUACCUAGGCAUACCAGUACCAGAAAUCAUACAGAGGAUGUUAUCCUGCUAUCAACAAGGAAUUGCUCUACAGUCAAUAACGGGCAGUCAGCGUAUUGAAAUAGAAGAGUUACAGAAUGAGGAAGAAGAACUAAGUCCACCUCUCAUGGAGUACAAUAUAAAUGUGAAAUCAAACCCUGAAAUACAGUUUGCAGAACUUAAUAAAGAUGGGGCCUCAAUACCCAGUGAAUCUUCAACAGAAUCUCUUAAAGAUCUCCAGGAAGUUAAGAGUAAACAAAGGAAAAAGAAAAAGACUAAGAAUAAAAAGAAUAAAGACUCAAAAGAAGACCAAGUCCCUUAUAUGGUAGAAAAGGAAGAGCAGUUGAAGAAAGAACAAGCAAAUCCACACUCAGUCAGUAGACCUAUAAAAGAUGAUGCAAGUGAUGUUCAAGAGGAUUCUGCAGUGGAAGACAAGUUCUAUAGCCUGGAUGAAUUGCAUAUUCUGGACAUGAUAGAGCAGGGCUCAGCUGGCAAAGUCACUACAGACUAUGGAGAAACUGAAAAGGAAAGGCUUGCUCGUCAAAGGCAGCUUUAUAAAUUGCACUAUCAGUGUGAAGAUUUCAAAAGACAGUUGAGAACAGUGACUUUUCGGUGGCAAGAAAACCAAAUGCAGAUGAAAAAGAAAGACAAAAUUAUCGCAUCUCUUAAUCAACAAGUGGCUUUUGGAAUCAAUAAGGUUUCCAAAUUACAGCGUCAAAUCCAUGCUAAAGAUAAUGAAAUCAAGAACCUUAAAGAGCAACUUUCUAUGAAAAGAUCUCAGUGGGAAGUGGAAAAACAUAAUCUGGAAAGCACAAUGAAAACAUACAUAAGCAAACUGAAUGCAGAAACUAGCAGAGCUUUAACAGCGGAGGUGUAUUUCUUACAGUGUCGUAGGGAUUUUGGUUUGCUUCAUCUAGAGCAGACUGAAAAGGAAUGUCUCAAUCAGCUUGCCAGGGUGACUCACAUGGCAGCAAGCAACCUAGAAUCACUUCAAUUAAAGGCUGCGGUAGACAGUUGGAAUGCCAUUGUGGCAGAUGUUAGAAACAAGAUUGCAUUCCUCAGGACACAGUACAAUGAACAAAUAAACAAAGUAAAGCAAGGAUUUGCCUUGAGUACCUUGCCUCCAGUCCAGCUUCCUCCUCCACCACCCAGUCCUGAGAUACUGAUGCAGCAGUUCUUAGGAAGACCCCUUGUGAAAGAAUCUUUCUUUAGACCCAUACUUACUGUUCCUCAAAUGCCUGCAGUUUGUCCAGGAGUCGUCUCUGCAACUGGCCAACCUAGAGCCCCCCUGAUGACUGGCAUAGCCUGGGCGCUGCCAGCGCCUGUGGGAGACGCUGUGCCUCCCAGUGCAGGUCUGGCGAGUGAUCCCUCCAUGAUGAAUUGGGAGAGAAUUACAGACAGGCUGAAAACUGCCUUUCCACAACAAACCAGAAAGGAGCUUACAGAUUUCUUACGGAAACUGAAGGAUGCUCAUGGAAAGUCCUUGUCUGGACUGACAUUUGAUGAAAUUGUUUGCAAGAUUUCCCAGUUUAUUGACCCCAAAAAGUCUCAGAGUCAAGGAAAAUCAGUGUCAAAUGUUAAUUGUGUUUCACCUAGUCAUUCUCCAUCACAGCCUAAUGCUGCCCAGCCCCCAAAACCAGCAUGGAGGCCCCUCACUUCACAAGGUCCUGCCACAUGGGAAGGAGCCAAUAAUCCAGAUGAGGAAGAGGAAGAAGAAGAGCCUUGUGUGAUCUGUCAUGAGAAUCUGUCUCCAGAAAAUCUUUCAGUUUUGCCUUGUGCUCACAAAUUCCACGCUCAGUGCAUUAGACCAUGGUUGAUGCAACAGGGGACAUGUCCUACCUGCAGACUCCACGUUUUGCUACCAGAAGAAUACCCCGGUCACCCCAGUCGGCAGUUGCCCAAGAUCUGAUACAAGGUACCCAUGAAGAGAUUAUGAGCUACUUGAAGGUGGAGACCAUACAGUGGUGUGUUGGAGCUGGCUUAUAAUGGCUUAUGAGUGACAAUCAUUAGUUUGAGGGAUUUUAUGAGCCAGUUGUCAAGUUGUUGCUAGCUUGAAAUCUGCCACAAUUGGAGCAUUUACACCAUAGAAAUUGGUAAAUGCUGUAAGUGAAGACCUACCUUUCCCUCAAGAGCUAGUUGUUAAACCUUUACCAGCAUACUGCUGGACCUUGUCUAAAACUUCUCUGUGUUCUCAGUGUCUUGCCCAGUAGAUACAGGAUAAAUAUUGCCAGAAUCAGAUACCAGGAAGUAGUAAGAAAAGGAGUUAAUAUGCAAACUAAAUCACUAGCUCAAUUGAAUAAUUGAGAUCUUCUGUUCAUUUGUUUCUUGGACCUUAAUCAUUUGCAUUUUGGAGAAAAUUUUUUCUGCUUUAAAAGUCUGUAAUUUCACUUUCUUGUGUUGGGGAGAGGGAAAAACUCUUUGUCUAUGGUUGCUUUUUGUGAUGAAGUGAAUACCCAAUGGGCUAAGUUGCAUAUCUAAAGCUUGUCACUAAGAAUUUUCAUUUUUAGCGGUCAAAAACCUAUUUUGACAAUAGUGUUGUGUGAAUGCUGUAAGUGUUGUAUAUAUCUCUGGUUUCAGAAUUAAAAGAAUUCAGAGUUACCUUGUGAGAUAAAUGUUCUUUGCUUCAUAUUCACAGUUUCACUUUCAUUUAAUUUAUGGGGAAGAAUAAAUGUUUCCUGACUCAGAAACAAUUUUGCCUGUAUACUUCAGUGCAAAUAUAUUUUGAAGGUACUUUUAAAUCUUUAUUUAAAACCUCUGUUUCUGUAACUGUUAAACGUAUUCUUCUGUAAUGAGAAUAGACUGGAACAUGUGAGGGAAAAAUAUUAAAAAAAGAUGGCAGUCAUCUAGGCAUGUAGAAUGCCAAGAAUGUCUUAGAAUUGCACAAUUUAGAAUUUAUAGAGCCUUUAAUCACCUUGUCUAGCACCUUGUAUUAGUGCAUUUUCAUGCUGCUGUUAAAGACAUACCUGAGACUGGGCAAUUUACAAAAGAAAGAGGUUUAAUGGACUUACAGUUCCACAUGACUGGGGAAGCCUCACAAUCAUGGUGGAAGGCAAAGAGGAGCAAGUCACAUCUUACAUGGAUGGCAGCAGACAAGGCAAGAGAGUUGUGCAGGGAAACUCCCAUUUUUAAAACCAUCAGAUCUGGUAAGACUUACUAUCCCAAGAACAGCAUGGGGAAAAACCUGCCCCCUUGAUUAAAUUAUUUCCCACCAGGUCCCUCCCACAACAUGGAAUUAUGGGAGCUACAAGAUGAGAUUUGGUGGAGACACAGAACCAAACCAUAUCACACCUUAAGGUCAUGGUCAUGUAGCUAAUUAUCUUGUAAAACCAAUGUUUCUUAGUUCAUAUUUACAACUGCAAUUUCACUUUCAUUUAUAAAAGAAUAAAUGUUUCUUAAUUGAAAA